AGUUAGUCACAAGAAUUUGCUGAAAAAAUACCAAUUCCUCUUUCUUAAUAAACAUAUUUUCUGCGCAUUGAAGUGAUAAUAAAUCAAUUAUUAAUAUCUAAUAUCCACGGGAAACAUAGCUUUAAGAAGCUUGCAUAUGCAGAGUUUCAUUUCAAAAGGCUUUUCCAAUCCUCUUCGCAAUGAACGCUGUUUUCGGAGCAGAAACAGUGGUUAAAAGAGGCUUACUAGAACCAGCAUUCAUAGGAGGACAUUUCAAUCCCUUUGAAAAUCAUGGAUAUAACGGGAUACCAUCAGCAUUCCCAGUUUUGCCACCUCCUCACGCUGCUUUCGGAAAACCUUAUCAGUCGAAACAAGGAGUCUCACCAGGGGAAAUUGCAUCUGCAAUCCAGGCAGCUAAAGAAGCUUCUGAUCUCGUCAUGGAAUCGCAACGACGAGUCCAAGAAGCCAAGGAAGCGGUCCUUCAUCAGCAACACGUAGCAAGCCAGAAGCAAGCUCAAGCUGCGCUAGCUCUGCAAAAAACUGAGGCAGCUGCUGCAGUCCAACAGCAGGAGGCCAAAGCGGCCGCUACAGGCUUGGUACUGGCCCAACAAAGACUUGCACAGGCCAAAUCUGAGGUUGCCGAGCAUCAGAAACUUGCAGCGAUCAAAGAAGCUAACGCAGCUGCUAUUAUACAGAAAUCUGCCAACCUAGCCGCUGCAAACAUACAGAAAUCAGACGAUGCCGCUAGAAAGCUCAAUGCUAUUCAUUAUUCUGGAAAUGAAGCUUUAAGACAAUCCGCAGCUAGUAAGGAUGGCUCUCUCUCUGCAACAUCUGCUGCUGUUGCAGCAACAGGAAAUGGUGAUAAGUAUUAUGGUGAGCACGCUUUCAUCGGUGCCCCUAAAUUCUUUGCCCUGCAACCAUGGAGUUAAUUUCUCUUCUACAUGUAUCG